AUGGCAGAGCUGUCGAUAGUCUAUGGGCCAAAUGAACCGGCUCUCUGGCCCAAGAAGCUGGGAGAUCUGAUCGAAGAACAGGCUGACAGAUUCGGCGACCGCUGCGCGGUGGUAACCCCAUGGCAGGAGAAGAGACUUUCAUUCUAUGACCUGGCUCAGAACAGUAAGAUCCUGGCAAAUUCCAUGGUCCGUGCCGGAUUACGACUUGGUGAUUGCGUUGCAGUUAUGGCCGGAAACCGAUACGAAUAUAUUCAGGUGUUUCUGGCUGGAGGGAGAAUCGGGUGCCCAGUACUACCAAUUAAUAACGCGUACACACCAGUGGAAGUUUUGAGAGCGCUGCAGAAAAGUUCGUGCAGAUUACUUUUCGUCGCAUCAAAUAUCGGUCCUCGUACUUUGUCCGAUCAUUUGCAAUGUGUUUUCGACUCCAAAUCAGAUAUGGUGCUGCCCGAGUUAUCGGGCAUUGUUUGUUUCGAUGAAUCUCACCAGAAUAUACCCAUUCAGGGCUACGAGGAAUUUCUGCAAUCUGGGGCUAUUAAUGAAGACAGAAGUGGCAUUCUGGAUUCAGCUGAACAAUUGGUACAGCCUUCCGACAAUCUCAGUUACCAAUUUACAUCUGGCACGAGUGGAGAGCCGAAACUGUCCAUGCUUUCACAUCGGGGCCUGAUCAAUAACGCGCGUCUCGUCGGCGAUGCCAUGUGCUUAAUCCCGGAAGAUAUAGUCUGCUGCCCGCCACCAUUAUUCCAUACUUUUGGGUUAGUACUUGGGUUUCUCAAUGCAUUUACGCAUGGCAGCACAAUAGUCUUCCCCUCAGAUCAUUUUGACGCCAAUCUAGUGAUCCAUGCGGUCAUACAGGAAAAAGCUACGGCCUUGCUAGGGGUACCGACCAUGUUCGUGGCGGAAUUGGAAGUCUGCGAAGCCAAACAACUGGAGAUCACAACAGUGAGGACUGGACUUGCCGCUGGAUCACCCGUAUCAGAAACGCUUCUGAGUCGGCUAGAAUGCCGGCUUGGUAUAAAAGGGAUGCUGGUUGCGUACGGGAUGACAGAAACUAGUCCCGUUACAUUUAUGACUUCGCUGGAUGAUCCCAGGGAGAAGGCAAUGACUAGUUUAGGCAAGAUUCUCCCACAUACCUCAGCAAAGAUUGUCGACCACAAUGGAGCCAUUGUCCGGCGGGGAGAGAGCGGUGAGCUCUGUACCAGUGGAUAUGGUUUACAGAAGGGAUACUUUAAGAACGAAUCAAAGACUAGGGAGGUAAUGCGCCGGGAUGCAGAUGGUAGAUUGUGGAUGCAUACCGGAGACCAAUGUUACUUUGACCCCGAGGGCUACUGUCACACCAGUGGCCGGAUAAAAGAUAUUAUUAUCCGAGGCGGCGAAAACCUCUUUCCGCUUGAGAUCGAAGAGCGAUUGCUGCUUCAUCCGGCUAUCACUGAGGCUAGUGCUGUGGGAGUUGCUAAUCAGAAGUACGGCCAUGUUGUGGGGUGUUUCUUAAAGCUGGCUCAGCAUCACACCAAGCCUCAGGACCAGGAAGUGAGAGACUGGGUCCGUGCUGAAUUAAGCUGGCACAAGGCGCCUCAACAUAUAUUCUGGGUUGGUGAGGGGGAGUCUGUCCCGAUUUUCCUAAGACCGCCAGUGGCAAGCACCAGAAACACCUAA